GUACAUUAAAAAUAAAAACGAAUAAAAGACAUGACACGAAGGACUCUUCAAAUAAUUAACUCGUUAAAACUGUUUAACAUUGUUUGCAUUUACUUGCUUGUUGGAAAUCGUUAAUAAAAUAUUACUAGCAAGAUUUUAUAAAAUGUCGGGGACUAAAAACGACACAGUGACCGGAGAUGAUAAAAUUGAGACUCAAAGUGAUUCGCCAGAUGCAACGGAACACUUAAGAGUUAAGCUGGCAAACAUCAAUAACGAACUUCAAGAUACAAUGAAAAUAUGUGAGAACUACAAAGAAGAUAAGAAGAUUGCAGAAAAAGCAAAAUAUGAAUUAGAAGAAUCAAGAAAGAAGGUAACAGACCUGGAAAGACGCUUAGCUGACUCAGAAUCUACUUGUAAGCGGUAUCGCAAUGAAAGGAAUAAUUUAAGACGGGACGUUGCAAGACUAAUUGAUGACAGAAAACAAAUGAUAUCAUACGAACAAGAUGUUCAAAAACUUCAAAGGGACAUUGAAAUGCUAAAGAAUAAAUACGACUGUGACAUCCGGGAAUGGAAAAAUAAGUUGUCAGAUACUGAAAAAAGAUAUGAUGAGAUUAUUAAGGAACAAAAGCUUAAAGUUCAGACCGCAGAACAAGAAGUACAAAAAAUAGCAAAAGAACUAGAUUUAAACAGUUGUGACCAAAGAAAAGAUAAUCAAACAGAGACUGUGUCAGGAGAAUUAUGCACAGAAAAUAAAGAUCAAAGCAACGUACCUGAGCUUACAGGAGAUCUUAUACCGUCGGGUAGCAUCAAUGUUAAAAGCGAAAUGAGUAAAUUAGAUAACACGGCAAUAAAUGAAAGUAACAGUACAUUUGAUGAACUAACGGGCAAAAUUGAUGCAGACGGACUAGAGGGUCAUCAUUCAUUUAACGAUGAUAAAGGAAAUAGUGCACAUUAUACAGAUGAUCAGGGAAAUUAUGAUGAUUAUGAUGGGGAGGAUACAAGGAAUUUUAAAAUAAAACGCCAUAAAACUAUUAAAGAAUACCACACUGUACAAUCAGGAGAACCAUUUGAUGAACAUGACGAUAAAGCAAAACACACGAACGAUGAUCGUGCUGGUGAAUCUGACGCAGACCUUGAAGAUGCGAAAGUAAUAAGCAGACCUACAGGAAAAACUGAAGAUGACGUUGAGUCUGCAAGAAAUGUUUGCGAAACAGAAUUACCGUUCAAUCUGGCAGAUAGAUACCAGCAACUGUACAACAAUCAAUGGCACAAUAUUUAUGAGAGGAUUAAACACGAUUUUGACAGCGAUAUUGAAACAGUAGCAGCGUUGUUGGAGAUACUUCUGGAUAUAAUGGACUUCUGCAAGAGGAACGCAAAUGACCAAAUAAAAGAUAUUUUCAAGAUCUUGACAUUUUCUUCUGAACAUAAAGACGGAGAUAUCUCAGGAAAUGUUACCAAACAUUUGAAAUACUGCAUGAGAGAAGUAUCACCAGAAGCAGAUACACAUCUAUUUGAGCUGUAUCCGGCAAGUUUCCGGAAGAAACCAAGACACCCAGCUGAUUAUGAUGUCAAAAUUGAACCAUUUAUAAAAGAAUGCUUUGAGUUUUGCUGGCUUCUUGCUAUCCAAGAUGAUCCGUUAGAAUUCAGGCCUUUAACACAGGAUGGAGAUGAAUUCGAUUUAGACAUUUACAACCCUUAUAACAAUUCUGGACCAUAUAUAAAGUAUGUGGUAUGGCCUGCUUUGCAAUAUACCUCAAAUGGCUCAAUUUUUGCAAAGGGCGUUGCUGAAGCGGAUGAUAAAUGUGUGAGCAGACAACCGGAAAGUCUGAGAUUCAACACGGAGAUUGACAUAGAGCAACAUGUUAAUACCGACAUUGAACCGACCGAUCGGGAUAGUUCUUAUCAAAUGUCUGGAAAAAAUACAUCUGGCUCACAUGGAAGAGAUAAAGUAGAACGAUUCGAUCAAUACACAAAUAACAACAUCCCGUUGAGAGAUCAACCCAACGAAAGGUCUUUGCUCAACCCGAACGAUUCAUAUCUGAGAGAAAGAAAUGAUUUCCUUUUAGACAAAAAAGAGCAUCCGAGAAGAACAGAUAACUGGAGAUUGUCCGAUACAUCUGUAUUAUAUGAAAGAGAUGACGACGUCUUACAAAAGGAACUUAACCUCGAAAAGAGAAGUUUAAGUACAGAAACCAAAAUAGCAGACAGCUCAAAUAGAGUUAGAGUUAGCGUAAAAGAUACAAUAACAUACCAGGCUGGUAAAUCUGAUAUAGAAUAUGACAGGAAAUAUGAUUUAGAUGAUGAAAACAGGGAUACUCUGUCACAUAAAGAGAUCAUCAGGAGUAAAAAUCCUUAUAUUCAAGAACAAUUAGACAUCAGCGACAGACACUAUUAUAUCUCGAAGGACAGAAUGAAGACACAACCUUUGCAUGCGUUUAACAUCACUGAAGAGACGAAGACUGCAUAUCCAAUGGCAGUUAUUAAAACAAAAGCAACAACAAGAAGAGGAACAACAAAUGUUUGGACGCCAUCAUGUGGAUAUGAGAGAGAUCCUACUCCAGAAGAGAUGAGACUUUAUUAUCGCUAUAUUGACCACCAUGAUCAUACUGGUGCUAGAGAUGUCCUCGGUAACGCAGCAUAUUUAAGAUGUUUACGAAAGGAUCAUACACAAAACUUUUACGGAUGGUAAUAUAAUGUAUCUAUUAAGAUAUAGAGGCUAAUGUGUCCAUUAACUUUACGUCUUAUUAAUAACAAAGAUAUUAAAGGGUUUGGGGCAAAUUAAGCCUUUACUAUCUUACUUUUGAAGAAAUGGCAAAUUUCUGUUUUAUAAUAUUAUAAUAUGAUUGAUUUAGAGCAUUUCAUUUGAAAAAGAAGUGUUGAAAGUCAAAUUAUUUGUCAUAAAUGUAGCAGCCAUCAACAAAAUGCACCCACUCUUCAAACAAAGUAUGUAAUAUCUAUAACUUUACUAAAUGUCAAAAAGGCAAACGAUGGAUAUAACCAGUAAAAACCGUUUUGGAAACUGUAACAGAACAACAAUAAAAAGAUUUGAGAAAUGGAAUUAAAGCAAUUAAUUACUUUUUCAGGUCCUUAAGAGCUUAUUUAUCGAUAUGAAGCAUACAACACAACACUGUAAUCAAAUAUUAAUUGUUGAUUGAAAAAAAUUGACAAGCCAAUAUUUUGACCUUAAAUUAAUGUAUUUAUAUGUGAAAAAAAAAGCUAAUUAAUUGCAUGUUUUGAAGGAUUUUCAAUAUUUUCGUUAUCUGUUUUGUCUUUUUUGUUUUACUCACAAUUUUUUGAAAUAAAUAUCUCAAAAAUCAAAUAAAAAAUCUCGCUACACUCUAGUAUUUGCUAUGCUAUAAGCAACAUAAUACUGGUAUCAUAUAGUGUUAACGCAGAUGCAAUAUUAUUGUGUUAUAACACAUUCUCUGUGAAAAGACUAAACAAACAACAAACCCAUUUGCAUUAUAAUACGGGCUUUUCUACAAGGAUGUGCACAGAAGAAACAACAACAACUUACAUUGUUAUAUACUUAUAUUAUAGGUUGAUAGUAACGUAUAAAAUCAUUUUAUUUGAUUUAUUUGCAUCUUUUUGUCAUGUCUUGUUUUCAAAACUAUAGUCAGAAUUAAACUUAAU